ACGCUUUUGCAUGUUGAAAAACAAUUAAAAUGUUUUAAAAAAAAAAAAACCCAUUUUUCCUAGUGAGAAAUAAAAAAUAAAUUCGAAGUUCUGGCUAAGGCCUUGAUUGUUUUCACAUCACACCCUCCUUUUUUUUCCUUAUUUUAUUUUAUUGUUUUUUUUUCUUACAACAAAGCUGUGAAACAUAAUACCGCUUAAAGCACCACAACCCCUUUCCUUUUCCAGUUAUGGCUUUUGGCGCUCUCGCUUCUCUUCCUUUUUCUCAUCACUACUACCACCACCUUCUUCUUCAACCCCACUGUUUCUCUUUUUCUCACUUUGGAUUUCAUCUCCACCAUAAAAAAUCUUUUUCUCUUGCAGAACCCACUUAGAAAUUAUUUUUUAUUUUUUUAAGCUUUUGCGUUUAUCAUGGGCUAUCUUUCUUGCAAUGCAGAGUCCGCCAUAGCCACCUGUGAUCCUCACAAUUGGGACCUGAAAAGAAAACCCAAAUCCGCACGUCACAAGCUUAAUAAGCCCGUUGAGAUUAGAGACUUUUCGUACGAUGAGCUCGUCGCCGCCACUAAUGGUUUCUCCGCCGAGAGCUUCCUGGGCAAAGGCAGCCAUGGAAGUGUCUACAAAGCUUUACUCGAUAACGGAAAGUUUAUCGCCGCAGUCAAGAAAACGAAAAUUUCGAAUUCAACGGCGACGUUUCAUAAUCACCGUAGAAACUGUACAAACUGCACCAGCUGUACCAGUCCGGCAGAGAACGAGAUCGAAAUCCUUUCGAGGGUUCGAAACCCGAGGUUCGUGAACCUCAUAGGUUUCUGCGCCGCUGACCACUCUAACAACACGAAAUUGAUUGUCGUCGAGUACAUGCCUAACGGCUCGCUCUACGAUCUGUUGCACUCGAGCUCAUCAUCGAGAUCUCCUGGUUGGACCCGUCGGGUCCGGUUCGGGUUACAGGUGGCGAAAGCGGUUCAGGCUUUGCAUUCGUCGAACCCGCCGGUUAUACACAGAGACAUAAAGUCCUCCAACAUUCUAAUCGAUCAGGAUUGGUGUGCCAGAUUGGGGGAUUUCGGGUUGGCUCUCAGAGGACACGUGGAGGACGUUCGCGUUAAGUGCACGCCUCCGGCGGGUACGUUAGGAUACCUCGACCCUGGCUAUCUUGCGCCUGGGGAUCUCAGCGCCAAGAGCGACGUCUUCAGCUUCGGAAUCUUGCUAUUGGAGAUCAUCAGCGGAAGGAACGCAAUCGACAUGAAUUACAGCCCGCCUUCCGUCGUCGACUGGGCCGUUCCGAUGAUAAAGCGCGGAGAUUACGCCGGAAUCUGCGACCGAAGAAUCGGUGCACCGGCGGAUCCCGCCGUCAUCAGACAGCUAGCUGUUUUAGCCGCGAGAUGCGUGAGAUCGACUGCGGAGAAGCGUCCGGCAAUGGCCGAGGUAGUAGAGUGUUUGAAGAUUGUUUGGAAGAGGGUCCAUGCGCCGCCUUUUUGGAACAAUUUAAGGCGGCGCGUGAGUUGCGUCGACGAAUCGAAGCCGUUGAUAAGUAAUCAAGAAGUGUACGAUGGGAGCGAAGAUGUUGUGAAGGUGACGAGGGUAGGAAGCCGGAGGAACAGGAAAGUAUCCAGUGUUUCGAGCGCAGAGUAUGGGAGUGUGGAUAUUGGUUUGGGGUAUGGAAACGAUCGAAUGGGGCGCUCAAAGUCCAUCGGUUCGUCCGACGAGAUUAAAGUGAGUGGAAGGAAAGCUGGAGUUACAGUGAAAAUGGCUGCAGUGAAGCUUAGCAAAUCGAGGUCAAUGGGAGUAUUGCAUAGUCAACGGUUUGUACAUUACAACAAACGAGGAGGGUUUGUGUUUGAGUUUGGGAGGGAGGUCGAUUCGGAAUUAGCCGAAUGUGAUAUGUCCAAAUUGGUAAUUAGAUUAGAUGAGAAAUCAGAAAAAGAAAUGCUCGUGAAACCUUUGGUUUCAAUCUAAUUUCCAAGAAUUUAAGGAUCAAUACUUUUGUACUUUAAUUGUUCUAUUUUUAUGGAUAAUUCAGAUCCUUUUGUUUACGUUCUGUUCUUUUUUUUCUUUUUUUAAUGGAAAAGAAAAAAGAAUAGAAGAAGAAAAAGAGACAAAGAUCUGAAUUCUCCAUAAAAGUAUCAUUUACAGAUCUGAUUUUCGUCUUUUGUUGCAAGAUACAAGAUCUAUUAAGUUCCAUGGUACUUUUCUAUUUCUUAAAUUUGUUGCAAUUUAUAUACCUCUCAAUUCAAAUGUGACUUUAUUAUGUCAGUCUGUGACUGUCACUCCCUACUUUA